AUGAUUAUUAGAUUGCUCAGAAAGUUCCUACCACCAGUCAACAAGCGCGUCAUGGAGCCUGCCGCUAAACGAUCGAAAUCGCCUGUGGAGAAUAAGCGAUUUGUCUGGAUCGACUGUGAAAUGACCGGGCUCGAGCCGGAAACGCAGACGCUCGUCGAGAUUGCUACGAUUGUCACUGACCAGGAGUUGAAUAUCAUCGCCGAAGGCCCCGAUAUCGUCAUCCAUCAGCCAGAAGAUGUUCUUGAAAAGAUGAGCGAUUGGUGCAAGUUGACAUUUUCGCAAAACGGGCUGACGGAGAAGAUUCGCAACAGCCAGAUUUCACUGCAAGAGGCCGAAAAUCAAACGAUGACCUUUUUGGAGAAGCACACAGCGAAGGGAAAAUCACCGUUGGCUGGGAACACGGUCUACAUGGAUCGGCUCUUCCUCCGAAAGUACAUGCCGCGAUUAAAUGAGCACUUGCACUAUCGAAUUGUAGAUGUUUCAUCGGUCAAGGAGCUCACACGGCGGUGGUACCCACAGGAAUACAGGGAUGCUCCAGAAAAGAAGGGCACGCACAGAGCUCUCGACGAUAUCCGGGAAUCUAUUGAAGAGCUGAAAUUUUACAGAAGCAACGUAUUCAAGCCA